AUGUCACCACCUAAAACUUCUGGCAAAAAUUUGGAAUCCGAAACGCGUUCAGUUGGUGAUGCACUGCGAGAAUUAGAUGCGAAACAGUUAAUUAAUUCCGAUUUUAUUCUCAUAUACGGCGAUGUUGUAUCAAACAUACAUUUAAACAAAGUAUUGGAUGCUCACAGAUCGUUAGGUGAAUCCCCAAUUUUCGUAAUAGAUGGGAAAACUAAUGAAUGCGUUCAUUGUGAAUCCGUGGACCUCUAUCCGCGUAAACGUCGCAUGGUUAUGGAUAUGGAAGUAUUCAAAAAGCAUACCGAUGUUCAAAUACGCAAUGAUCUUAUAGAUUGCCAAGUUGAUAUAUGUUCAGUAGAGAAUUUUGAUUAUCAAGAUAUUCGAAAAGAUUUUGUUUAUGGUAUUUUGACAUCUGAUUUAUUGGGGAAAACCAUUUAUUGCCAUCUUGUUAAAGAUGUUUAUGCUGCAAGAUAUCAUUUUGUAAUAAUUAGUAAAGAUGUAUUGUCUCGAUGGACUUAUCCUAUUGUCCCAGACAAUAAUCUUCAAGAAGGAGAUAACUAUGAGUUUAUGCGUGGGCAUAUUUAUAAAGAGAAAGAUGUAUUGAUCGGUGCCGGUACAGAGAUUGCAGAAAAUGUUAAGAUAACAAAUUCUGUCAUCGGUCGAAGAGUUACAAUAGAUGGUGCUUAUAUUUGGGAUGACGUAAAAAUCAAAUCAAAUUGUUCUGUUGUCCAAUCGAUACUAGCGAAUAACGUUGUCUUGGAAGAGAAUGUAAUCGUUAAAAAAGGGUGCAUACUUUCUUAUGGUGUAAGUAAAUCUUUUGAAAUCAAUCUUAAAUUAAAUUGCGUAGAGAUUGAUAGUGAUGAGGAAGAGUCAAAUGAAAAUGCUUAUGACGCUACAUUGGUUGGUGAAAAUGGGCAAGGAUAUGUUUGGAGUGAUGAGAUAUCAGAUGCAGAAGAUGAUGAACUUGAUGUGAAAAAUAUUCAAGUUGCGGGGCUUGGUAAUUUAAUAAUGAAUAUGAAAUUUAUUAUUUUAAAUGAGGGUGUUAUUAAUUCAUAUUUGUUUAAUCUAGCGCAUGAUAUCUCCAAUAUAUCUCUUACUGAUAGUGAUUCUCCGCCAUCUGUGAUAUACGAUUCUUCUUCAGACGAACUAAGCGAUUCAGAUGAAUCAUCCACUGAAGAAGAAUCUUUAAAAGAAUUCUAUAAAGAGGUUUCCCAAACACUUGAACGAGCUUUUUUGGAUGGUCAUACAGUAGACAUUGCUUCAUUGGAAUUAAAUACUUUGAGAAUGGCUUCAAAUACAACAAUUCAUGAUUUACGAGUUAGUGUAAUACCUACGAUAUUAGGGCAAGUCAAUAUUGCCAAUUUUUUAACUAGUACAGAAGAUGAAGCAAUUCUGGAAUGGAAUUCAUCUGAUCUCACUGAUGGGGACCCUUCAAAAUCUAAUAUAAAAAAGCGGGAUUCUGAUGAUGAUGACUAA